CCACUCCCUCUUCAAACAUAAACACCACUCUACCCUCUUUAAACACAAACAAACACCACUAACACCAUCAACACCCCUCCCCCACCAUCAUAAUUGCCAUCAAACUUCCCCCUUUCCUUCCCCUGGGAUGGGAGGGGGCACAGCAGCCGCCGCAGCAUAAACUGCAUCUCAGUGAGCACAGUACAGGGUAGGGGGCACGGGAUUUUCGCUCAGAGAGAGAGAAACUACAGCGGGCUGUUCUAAAACAGAGGAUGGAACUCGCUUGGAGAGAACGGUCGCGCUCCUCAGAAUAUAGAAAACGGAACACAUUUUAGAUAUGCAGGGACUAAUGUGUUUAGAGCUUGUUUUCCCAAAUUAGAUGCAACCAUAUUCAGUGUGACGUGAAUGGAAAAUAAGUAACCCUGUCGAAGGCUAUUCUUAGGCUGGGCUAUUUAUUUUUUGUCCAUAUUUCAAUUGACCGCUGUUCCAAAUAGCACUAUUCCUGAUAUUUAAGAAGUAGGCUAAUUAUUAGACAGGCAGGUAGGCUACAAUCCCACUCAAGCUGCCGUCUUCCUCAAACGAACGACUCCACACUUGGAUUACACAGCAGAGGCAGGAAGGAACGCUGUCGACGGAGUCCAAACUCUCCUCAGCAUCUCCCAAAUGAUUUUGGUUCAUAGACCGUGAUUUUGGCACCCCCGGAUUAAACAAAAUCUGGUUUGGAAUGUAAAGCUAUCUGCGUUCCUAGCCCAAUGCUUGAUAUCAGGGGUAUUGUUGAGAUUUUUGGCUUUCGAUUGUUGAAGUAAUUUUGUAUGAGUUGAAUGUUCAUGUUUAGUAGGCCUAUGGGGUUAUUUAAAAAAGUAUAUUUAACUUAUAUCGAGAUAUUCCCGGGCUAUACGGAUACUCCAAAUAAUGUUGGCAUGUGGCAGAGACUGCCUUGAUAUCAUAAGUGUUUAUGCAUUUGUCAUAUUUUUGGCGAGGAAACGCCCCUUCAGCGCACCUCCUCUCUUUCUCUCUGCCACCCACUCACCCGGCUCGUCCAUCAUUUUUGAAGGUGAACGGUGUUUGUUAGGUUCCACUCGGCGGCUCAGUGUUCAGCACUCAGGCAGGAUGUUCAUCUCGGUGUGGUAUGCCAAAAAAAUGGGUCGGCGAUUCAUCGACAACGUCCGGAAAGCCAAGAAGCAUCCGCACCAUAUAAUGGGAAAUUCUCCUCCAGUGGUGGUGAACACUGACACACUUGAUGGCUCCCCCUACGUCAACGGGACAGAGGGGGAAAUUGAGUAUGAAGAGAUUACACUGGAGAGAGGGAACUCAGGCCUGGGCUUCAGUAUAGCUGGGGGGACAGAUAACCCUCAUGUUGGUGAUGACCCCAGCAUCUUCAUCACCAAGAUCAUCCCUGGAGGAGCUGCGGCCCAGGACGGACGGCUGAGUGUGAAUGACAGUAUCCUGUUUGUGAAUGAUGUUGAUGUGAGGGAGGUGACCCACAGUCUGGCUGUAGAGGCUCUGAAGGAGGCAGGAGCCAUCGUCCGCCUCUACGUGCUGCGCAGGAAACCAGCCGCAGAGAAAGUUACAGAGAUCAAACUCAUCAAAGGGCCCAAAGGUUUAGGUUUCAGCAUUGCUGGAGGAGUGGGUAACCAGCACAUUCCAGGAGACAACAGCAUCUAUGUCACUAAGAUCAUCGAGGGUGGAGCUGCUCACAAGGACCAGCGGCUGCAGAUAGGGGAUAAGAUACUGGCGGUGAACAGUGUGUGUCUGGAGGACGUGAUGCAUGAGGAUGCAGUUGGAGCCCUGAAGAACACAGCUGAGGUGGUUUACCUCAGGGUGGCCAAGCCCAACAACGUCUACCUGAACUCCUACAACCCCCCUGACCUCACCAGCACAUACUCCCCUCACAUGGACACAGAUCUUGGCCCCACCUACCUUGGAUCAGAUUACCCACAAGCCCUCACUCCCACCUCGCCCAGUCGCUUCUCUCCAGUGUUGCACAGCUUGAUGGGCGAUGAAGACCUUCCCAGGGAGCCUAGGAGAGUGCUGAUCCACCGGGGUUCUACAGGCCUGGGUUUUAACAUCGUGGGAGGAGAGGAUGGAGAGGGGAUCUUUAUCUCCUUCAUCUUGGCAGGGGGGCCUGCCGACCUCAGCGGAGAGCUGCGCAAGGGCGACCAAAUCCUCAGCGUGAAUGGAGUGGACCUGCGUAUCGCCACCCAUGAGCAGGCUGCUGCAGCCCUGAAGAACGCUGGCCAGACUGUCACUAUCAUUGCCCAGUACAGACCAGAGGAAUACAGCCGUUUCGAAGCGAAGAUCCACGACCUGAGGGAACAGCUGAUGAACAGCAGCAUGGGUUCUGGUCAGACAACACUGAGAAGCAACCCCAAGAGAGGCUUCUACAUCAGGGCCCUGUUUGACUAUGAUAAGACAGCAGACUGUGGUUUCCUGAGCCAGGCGGUGGGCUUCAGGUUUGGUGAUGUGCUCCAUGUCCUGGACUGUGGUGAUGAGGAGUGGUGGCAGGCCAGACGGGUCAGCCCGCAGACAGAAGCUGAGGAGGUCGGAUUUAUUCCCAGCAAACGCAGGGUAGAAAGGAAAGAGUGGUCUCGCAUGGGCACAAAAGAAAGGGAUCGCAGUCAAGACAGCCUCGGGUCUCAAGGGAGGGAUGAUUCUCAACACAGCUAUGAAACAGUCACGCAAGUGGAGGUCCAUUAUGCGAGACCCAUCAUAAUAUUGGGUCCCAUAAAGGACAGGGUAAAUGAUGACCUGCUGUCGGAGUUCCCUGACAAGUUUGGAUCUUGUGUCCCUCACACCACACGGCCCAAGCGUGAGUACGAGGUGGACGGGCGGGACUACCACUUUGUGUCGUCACGGGAACAGAUGGAGAAGGACAUCCAGAGCCACCGCUUCAUCGAGGCGGGCCAGUACAACAGCCACCUGUAUGGCACCAGCGUUCAGAGUGUCCGCCAGGUGGCAGAGCAGCAAGGAAAACACUGUAUACUGGACGUGUCGGCCAAUGCUGUCCGCAGACUACAGGCCGCUCAGCUUCACCCCGUCGCCAUCUUUGUCCGGCCCAAGUCACUGGAGAAUGUCCUAGAGAUCAACACUCGACUAACAGAGGAGCAGGCCAGGAAGGGUAUGGACCGCGCUCUCAAACUGGAACAGGACUUUCUGGAGUGUUUCUCAGCUGUGGUGGAAGGAGACAGCUUCGAGGAGGUUUACCACAAGGUGAAGACGGUGAUCGAGGAGCAGUCGGGGCCUUACAUCUGGAUCCCCACCCGGGAGAGGCUGUGAGGCUGCCCCAUAACCCACCCCCAUCCCCCCAACCACCCUCAGACAGUCUGCCCUCCAGCCCAACCAGGGCAGAGAGACAGAGAGAGAAAGACACCGAGACAGACAGACAGAGGGACACGUGAAGAUAGAGAUAGGAGGGGAUGCAUAAUCACACGGAGAGACACAGAAUAACACUAAAAGAGACACAUGAAUAGAAACACAGAGCGAUAGACAUGGACGGUAUUUAAUAAAUAUUAAUAUAUUAUCAAUGUGUGGUGAGUACUGAGAAAGACUGGACAGGGGUGACCCAGUUGGGUGUGGCAGGGCGGGGUGGUGGGCGUCCCCGGGAUUAGCACAGGGUAAAUGAUCCACCAUCUCUUCCUCUCCUUCUCUCUGUCUCAUUGGCUGCCUUUGACAUCCCCGCCGACAAGGUGGCAAAACCAUCAGCAUCCAUUUGAUCCUUCCUUUUUUAUAUCCCUUAGCCUUUUCUCCUCCUCCUGUCUCCCCUCUCUCCUUUCAGGACAUGAAAAGGAGGGAAAGAGAGAGAGAGAGAGAAGGAGAGUGCAUAGACUAUGGAAGGACACACAGAUCCUAUUGGGUUCCUCUAAUCCAGAGGAGGCUCUUUUCGAGUGAAAAGGCUUUGCUCUAUGAACAACAUCCCACUAACCAAGACUGCCAUUUGCUCAAUCACCCACGAAAAGCAUUGCAAGGCCAUUUUUAAAAAGCAGCACAAAUUAAAACUCAAAAGUUGAACUUGUGCAUGCGUCCUCAGAGGACUCAGAGAUGGGAGUUGAGGAAAAUGACGGAUAUUAAGAAGAACCAAUAGAGAAAAAGAAGAAGAAGAAUGGCCACCCGUCUUUCUGUUUUGAUGGUGGGGGAGUUUCUAGCAUGUCUCAACAGAGAGAGGAGCAGAGCGGUGCAGACAGAGAAAGAGGGGGGUGUCUUUCUGGUGUGCAAACUCACUGUGUGCAUUGACAAUGGAAGACCUCACAGUAUAACCACUGGGUCUCUUCUGUACCGCACACACAGUCAGCCAUACAGUAGUGCCAUUCUAAUCCACCUGGCUGUUCUCCAAAAGCACUGGUUGUUCUGCCUGUUUGCAACAGGCAGGCAGAUCCCAGGCUGAAUGUUCUCUUAAUGCACAACAGCAGGAUUCUUAUGUUCAGCUCUUUAGUGUGAAGAGCACCACAGCCAAUUCUCUGAUCACUCUUCCAGAAAGACCCCUCAACAACCCACACACAGUGUUCUCACUGGCCACUCUGAGCAGUGGUGUGUGUGUGUGUGUGUGUGUGUGUGUGUGUGUGUGUGUGUGUGUGUGUGUGUGUGUGUGUGUGUGUGUGUGUGUGUGUGUGUGUGUGUGUGUGUGUGUGUGUGUGUGUGUGUGUGUGUGUGUGUGUGGACGCUCUUCCUCCCAACCACUCUUUCUCUGCCUCUUUCUUUCUCUCUUUGUUUCAUCACACAUGAAGGCUACUUAUAUAUAACACGUUUAACAGACAAAAUGGCCUAUAUAAAUAUAUAUUUUUAAUGACGAUUUCUAACAGGAGUCAGAGACUGUAAAAUGUAAAUCUCUUCAACAAUUUUCCAUUGCUUUCUUUGGGUAAUGUUUCUCUUGUGUUUGGUGAUUUGUUUUGGUCAUUGACUUUGCUUGAUUUCCCCUUCCACACAACACAGUCCUGACAAACAAACAUACAAAGAAACACAUAAUAGCUGAACUACAACUGAGCUGUAACUGAGAUAUAACUGGACUAUAACUGAACUAUGACUGAGAUGUAACUGAGAUAUAACUGGACUAUAACUGAGAUAUAACUGGACUAUAACUGAGAUGUAACUGAGAUGUAACUGAACUAUAACUGAACUAUGACUGAGAUGUAACUGAGAUGUAACUGAGCUAUAACUGAGCUGUAACUGAGCUAUAACUGAGCUAUAACUGAACUAUGACUAAGAUGUAACUGAGCUGUAACUGAGCUAUAACUGAGCUAUAACUGAACUAUAACUGAACUAUGACUGAGAUGUAACUGAGAUGUAACUGAGAUGUAACUGAACUAUAACUGAGAAAUAACUGAGCUAUAACUGAACUAUAACUGAGAUAUAACUGAGCUAUAAUUGAGCUGUAACUGAGAUGUAACUGAACUAUAACUGAGAUGUAACUGAGCUAUAAUUGAGCUAUAACUGAGAUGUAACUGAACUAUAACUGAGAAAUAACUGAGCUAUAAUUGAACUAUAACUGAGAUGUAACUUACCUAUAACUGAGCUAUAAUUGAUAUGUAACUGAGCUAUAAUUGAGCUAUAACUGAGAUGUAACUGAACUAUAACUGAGAAAUAACUGAGCUAUAAUUGAACUAUAACUGAGAUGUAACUUAGCUAUAACUGAGCUAUAAUUGAUAUAUAACUGGACUAUAACUGGACUAUAACUGAGAUGUAACUGAGAUGUAACUGAGCUAUAACUGAGCCUUGAUUAUUGUCUCCAGUUACACGUCUCACUUCCUGGUUGGAGGUGCAGUAUAUAAUACAGUAAUAUUGGAUGGGAUAAAAAGAUGGUGUGUGUUGUAUGUGGGUGGUUGUGCAACUGUGAGUGUGUCUGUUUGCGUGUGUGUUCUUGCUCGUGUGUGUGAGUGCCAGGCUCAUGAGAUUUAGUGCAAUGGUGUAAUGAUGAUAUGCAAUGAGAGUGGGUUUGUGUGUCUUAAAAUAUAUACAAGCCUAAUAAUAAUUUGCACUGACAGCAUUAAUACAGGUAUUGAUAGAGGGAGUGAGAAUCAGACAGAAUACAAUAUGAAUUACAGGGGUUUACAGACACUAGUUUGCAUUUAUUUAAACAUUUGUUUAGAACUUUUGAUUUGAUGUUUAAAAGAGUGAAGUUACAGGUGGAAGUGACCGUUCAUUUUUAUUGUUCCUUUAUUUUGGCUCACUUGCUUUUCCCAGUGAGAGAUGGAAAGUGUUAAUGUUUUGGAUUGAUUAUUUAUUGUAAACUGCUCUCGCUCUUUCAGUUUUACUCACUUAUAAGUCUGUAUAUUUUAUUGUAUACAUUUUUUUUGCACAUUCUCAGUUUUGGGGGACUGGCCAGAACUGUUGUAAAUACAGAGAUGUUGGGGUCGUGUGGGGCGUGGGACUCUCUGGCCAUGCACACUGCUGAUUGGACAUUAGAGAAACCAGAGCCUCAGCACUGGGACCUGAGCCCACUGCCCUGCAACAACCUCUAAUACACAGGAACACAUCACUUUGGGUGGGUCUCACACACACACACACACACACACACACACACACACACACACACACACACACACACACAGACACA